AAACAUUGAGUUAAGAAUUCACCAACAUCUUUAUCAUCAAACACAAAUUCUCCUAACAGAAAACAGACAGGCUGCAUCUCCAGGGAGCACAGCACUGCUCAGGCUGCAUCUCCAGGGAGCACAGCACUGCUCAGGCUGCAUCUCCAGGGAGCACAGCACUGCUCAGGCUGCAUCUCCAGGGAGCACAGCACUGCUCAGGCUGCAUCUCCAGGGAGCACAGCACUGCUCAGGCUGCAUCUCCAGGGAGCACAGCACUGCUCAGGCUGCAUCUCCAGGGAGCACAGCACUGCUCAGAUUGGGUGGAUUAUGAUCAGGACUCUCUACCUCUUGUGGUGGCCCAGAUACCAAUCUGCGACCAGUGCGAUUUCCUAGCAACAACAUGUGCCAUUCUUGUGGUAACACUAGUGGCUUGACAGGCUGAUUCAUUUCCAGGUACUGUGAGUGUCUGCCAUUCAAGUAAGCAUGACAGUGACCUUCUCUCCGAGAGCUCUGAUUGCCAAUCUCACCGUGCUGAGAUCAGCGUUCUGCAGAGUUCCAGGGUGCUGGCCCAGCACAUCAUAGCAUUGUGCAGAGACAGGGGCAACUUACAAAUCCUGGGUCUUUCGGACUUGGUUCGCCACUCUAAUCAGUAAGACCAGCCAGUACAUCUGCAGCUGUCCCAGGUCUUUGCAGAUACCCUGGCCUUCCCUGAUCAUCUUUGUGUUCAUCCAUUCACACAUAUGUCAGCUUCACCUCUGCUCUCCCGACAUCUGCACUAGUGAGAGUGUGGUUGAACUGCCCACUUCCCUUUCUACACCAGAUCUGGCUCUCCCAUCCACAUAGAGAACCACGCCUGCCUGGGGAAUGAAUUCCACAGAGUCCUACUUUGGAACGGAUGAUUAUGACAACACAGAGUAUUAUUCUAUUCCUCCAGACCAUGGGCCAUGCUCCCUAGAAGAGGUCAGAAACUUCACCAAGGUAUUUGUGCCAAUUGCCUACUCCUUAAUAUGUGUCUUUGGCCUCCUGGGCAACAUUAUGGUGGUGAUGACCUUUGCCUUCUACAAGAAAGCCAGAUCCAUGACUGACGUCUACCUGUUGAACAUGGCCAUCACAGACAUACUCUUUGUCCUCACCCUACCGUUCUGGGCAGUUACUCAUGCCACCAACACUUGGGUUUUCAGCGAUGCACUGUGUAAACUGAUGAAAGGCACAUAUGCGGUCAACUUUAACUGUGGGAUGCUGCUCCUGGCCUGUAUCAGCAUGGACCGGUACAUUGCCAUCGUCCAGGCAACCAAAUCUUUCCGGGUACGCUCCAGAACACUGACGCACAGUAAGGUCAUCUGUGUGGCAGUGUGGUUCAUCUCCAUCAUCAUCUCAAGCCCUACAUUUAUCUUCAACAAGAAAUACGAGCUGCAGGAUCGUGAUGUCUGUGAGCCACGGUACAGGUCUGUCUCAGAGCCCAUCACGUGGAAGCUGCUGGGUAUGGGACUGGAGCUGUUCUUUGGGUUCUUCACCCCUUUGCUGUUUAUGGUGUUCUGCUAUCUGUUCAUUAUCAAGACCUUGGUGCAGGCCCAGAACUCCAAGAGGCACAGAGCAAUCCGAGUCGUGAUCGCUGUGGUUCUCGUGUUCCUGGCUUGUCAGAUCCCUCACAACAUGGUCCUCCUCGUGACUGCGGUCAACACGGGCAAAGUGGGCCGGAGCUGCAGCACCGAGAAAGUCCUCGCCUACACCAGGAACGUGGCCGAGGUCCUGGCUUUCCUGCAUUGCUGCCUCAACCCCGUGUUGUAUGCGUUUAUUGGACAGAAAUUCAGAAACUACUUCAUGAAGAUCAUGAAGGAUGUGUGGUGUAUGAGAAGGAAGAAUAAGAUGCCUGGCUUCCUCUGUGCCCGGGUUUACUCGGAAAGCUACAUCUCCAGGCAGACCAGUGAGACCGUCGAAAAUGAUAAUGCAUCGUCCUUUACCAUGUAACACGAGAGCACAAAGCAACAUUGCCCCAAAAGCCUUGGUGAAACUUGCUAUUACAUAUGAAAAAAAAAAAAAAGCCAUGUCCAAAUAUGUACAGUAACUAUGGAAAUUCAGCAAAGAGUUCCUGCAAGAUCAGAACCAGCCGGGAGGUGGCACUAUCAGCCAAAUUCUUCCAGGUGUGGGUGACAAGAAACAUUGUAGCUCCUCCCAGGUUGGUUCUACAAAAUAAGAUGGGAAUGCCAGAUUACUGGGUAGUGCUUAUGAACAUAAACAUAUUCAGAAACGUUCAUGAAGGGGUCACAGACCUAGUGACCCCUAACACCCAUAGCACAAAACAAGGAUGUAGCUUGAGAAACCAACAAAAGCCCCCUGUAACUCAUGUGAAGCAGAUGACAAGUCAAAGAUCCCAUACCCAGCUCCCUUUUAUCUUCUCAGCAAGCAGGAGGCUAUGGAGGAGGAAGGCAAGAGCAUCCAUAAACUGGAACAUCAACCUGGGUGGAGAGAGGCCGGAACCAAGUAGGAAGUCGGGUGCCUGGGUUUGCUACUGGCAUGUGAGCUUGCUUCCACAAAUGGAAGGAGUUCUUGGUGAUUCCCUUUUCCCCUCUCCAGUGGGUGGAGCCAAAGGAAGCAAGCUGGGAUACUGUUCCAGGCUGGGCUCUGGGUUUAGCAGACUCCAGCACAGUUUAACAUUCAUCCCUCGGAUGGUAAACUUGGCUUGUCUGUAGCUGAAAGUGCUUUCCUUCCAGAUCUGGAACGGAGGUGAAGAUCCUGGUCACCGAGAGUUUCGUGUUAGCCUCUCAACAGUGGCCAGCAUGCUGGCCUCUGAGACCAAGGGGACUUUUUUUUGUCCAUUUAAAUUGGACAUUGAAUCUAGGGUUUCACAUAAUGUUCGGCAAUUGUGCUACCACUGUGCUAUACUCCAAAGCCUUUCUGUAUCUUUCAUUUAGAGAGAGGGACCCACUAAGGUGUUCAGGCAGGCCUUGAACUUGGCAAUCCCAGAGCCUCAACUCUACAAAUAGUUAAGAUUACAGGCCUGUGCCAUUAUGCCUGGCUCUCAGACUGGUCUUAAGGUAGCUCUAUACAAAGCCAUAGUUAGAUAUAAAAACAGGUUUCAGUGAGUCUCUUCUGCCUUGUUAGAAGCUCAUAGUACUCUAGUUCUUAAAGGGCUGCUUAAGCAGAUGGCAAAUGUGUCUGGAGAUGGGGAAACACAAAUCUCAUUACAAGAAUUGCUGGUGUGAAUGUCAAGAAACUGACAUGUUCUAUUCUGAUACAUGGUUUGGAAGCUAAAUGGUUAGUGAGCUGUUGCAAUGCCUUUGUUGCCAUCUAUAGUGAGUGUGUGCAUUCGUGUGUGUGUGUGUGUGUGUGUGUGUGUGUGUGUGUGUGUGUGUUUGCUCAAGUUUUGAGGCCAGAGGAUAGGAUAGCUUCCAGUAUAUUCCUCAGGCUGUGGGUUUUUUUA